UGACGGACCCAUCACGGAAAUGAAGCCGACUUUCAACAUUAUUCACUCUAACGGCUUUUAAAAGAGACAACAACUCACACGUUCGACUAACAUUGGUGGGACUCCUACUGUGUUAUCGUUUUAUAACUUCCCUCCGAUUCCACGCCACGCGUCGGUAACUGUCCCCUUAGCAACAAAAAAAUCUAUGGCUUCCAGGUCGCCGUCGUCCUCUCCGGACACUGCGACGGGUUCAGGUACCGACCCGGCCCGGCCAGACACUGGGGAGCCCCUCGGCGGAGCGGGCUCGGAUUCGGACUCGGACUUGGGUUUGGGUAAAUUUGAUUACGGUGCCAUGGAGGCGGGGGACCGCCUGGAGGGUGAUGAACUGGUGCAGGAGUUCGAGUCUGCCGCCGACCGUGUUGGAGGUCUAGUCCAAACGGCCAGGAGAGACCAGCUACUGUACCUGUAUGCACGGUACAAACAGGUCAAAGUGGGAAAAUGCAAUACCCAAAAGCCAGGCUUCUUCGACUUUGAAGGACAGAGGAAAUGGCAAGCCUGGAAGCAGCUUGGGGACAUGGAGGCAGAGCAGGCAAUGCAAGAAUACAUUUCUUGUGUCAACGUGUUAGACCCUGAAGGGAGCCAGAAGGAGAGCCGAGGAACAGAGAGGAGAACGGGCUUUGGCGGCGCAGCGGUCAGCUCUUUGUAUCAAGAGGAGACGAUCCGAGAAGAGGACAAGAACAUCUUUGAUUACUGUAGAGAAAACAACAUCGAGCACAUCAGCAAGGCCAUCAGCUCCCAGAAAGUGGACAUCAACCUCAAAGACGAAGAGGGGCGUGCUCUCCUGCACUGGGCUUGCGACAGAGGCCACAAAGAACUGGUUUCAUUUCUCCUGCAGCACAAAGCCGAUAUCAACAGCCAGGAUAAUGAAGGACAGACGGCGCUACAUUAUGCAUCGUCGUGUGAAUUUGGCGACAUCGUGGAGCUCCUGCUGAGCGCUGGUGCCGACCCAUCCAUCAAAGACAUGGAGGGCUCGCUCCCCGAGGAGGUCACAGAGUCCGGCGCCAUCUCUUCAUUCCUGCGCCAGUACACCGUUCCUAAAGGCUAGAGCAGCCAUGCCGUGCUGCCCCUCAACUCCAGAACCCCGUCCCAUAUGUCGUUAUCUCAUCAUCCCAGACUUCCCAGCAUCCCUCACUUCCCUGGAGAAAGACUCUACAACCUUAGCAGCUUGUGUUUUCAUUUCUUUUUUUGCUGAAUUUGGUUGGCUUUGCCAUGUUUCUCCUUCAUUUGAAAUAAUGUAUUUUUGACCUACUUCACCAAUUAGGGUUGGCGGACAUGGCUCUGGAUCCAAGAAGUUCAUUUGUCAACAGCGCUGUCUAGUAUGUAAAUAAUUUGAUGAUGCAAAAGACAGUCUAUUUUAUCUUCAACAAGCACUAUAGACAUUUCUGACUACUGCUUCAGGUUGAUGAUUCAUUAGUGUUUCAUUCCAAAGAAUACUUAGUCUGUCAUUUCUCAACAUUAAAUUCUUAAAAAUGAUUUUACUCUCGUUUAUCUUCACUGCAAAUAAUUCAGCCCAGAUUUUGUUUUUCAGUUCAUGACCCAAAUUGGUCUGAGUUUGGCUUCUCAUUUUCUUUGCAUGAUUCAGUCUUGGAAAAUUACAUAUUGUGUCACUAUAAUAAUAAAGAGACGAGUAAACUAGGGAAGUAAAAAAUAAACAACUGAGAUAAUGUGGUUGCGCAGCUGUCCACACCUACUUAUGACAAAAUGUGGCUGUGUUCAGAAAU